AUGUGUACACUUGCGUUACUACAUGUGGGUGCCUUCACGUGUUGUAAACACUCUAACGCCCUUGAGCAGGGUCGAGAAGCCUUGAAAUGGGUUAUUGAGAAUCGGGUCGACCACUUCAUGAUGCGCAUUCCUUCAAAAACUCGCCUGCCCGGUUCCUCCUCGCCUCUCGCUCCGACAUCCGACUUUUAUUCGCAGAGAGUGGCAGCAUCGCUCCCCUUGUGGAGUCGGCUGCGCUCUUUCACUCUCCCCUCUUUGCGACCAAAGAUGAGUCCUGCCAACAGUGAUCAACCGCCGUCCCCAUGGCUGCGGCAGACCUGUUCCAUGAGCAGUUUACCUAUUCCACUGGAGCGGGUAGCCACGUCUUUCGACUCCUUCCAUCCUGUUGAGGCACUGGGUGAUUUCAGGAAUAGAGUGGCUACAGACGUUACAGUGUUGCGCGAGCAGCUGCGUAAACGCUCUCAACGUGUCAUUGAGCGUUUUUCAAAGGUGGAUGAGUACGUACUCAUCAUGUGA